AAUGGCCCAUCAGUUGCUCCCCUCCCUUCCUACUCUCCCUCUCGCUUCCUCCUACAAUGAGACGUGCGCCGUUCCGUUUGCUCGCUGGCGCCGCUGCUUCUGACGCCAACGCUGCCAUCAUGCUUCCGAACCAUCAUCCUCGUCGACGUGGAAGAGGAUUCUUCAACCGUCCCUAUUCCGGUGGGAGGCAAGAGUUCGUGACUGGCGAUGAGCACUUCCAGUCAGUCCAAGAUGUCAAUUCGGCAUUCCGGCGAGAUGGAGGCGGAAGCUUCGCGAACCAAAGGCGAGACCGGAAUCCAUCUUUCAAUCCAAGACCUUUCCCACCUUACCAUCGGAACCAACAGUUUCGCCACCCCUCUCCUUAUAAUCAUGCCCUACAGUGUCGCCACCCUUCUCCUUAUAACCAUGCUCAACAGUUUCGUCAUCCUUCUCACCCUCCUCCUUACAAUGGAGCUCAAAAGGUCCGACCGCGGCCUCCGGAUUACAGAGAUUGGGAGUAUGCUGCUGCGUCCCCUCCUCCUCAUUGCGAACGGUUUAUAAUUCUUUCAUAUAAUGUAUUGGCCGACUACCUUGCUAUUGAUCACCGGAGCAAACUUUACUCUCACAUACCUCCUUGGAUGUUGGACUGGCAAUGGAGAAAGAGAAAUAUAGUUUUUGAACUUGGAUUGUGGUCGCCUGAUAUCAUGUGUCUACAGGAGGUUGAUAGAUUUGAUGAUUUGGAGGAGGAGUUGAAGCACCAAGGAUACAGUGGCAUCUGGAAGAUGCGUACGGGUAAUCCAGUUGAUGGCUGUGCGAUCUUUUGGCGAACAUCAAGGUUCAAUUUGCGGUAUGAAGAGUGCAUUGAGUUUAGUAAGUUGGGACUUAGGGACAAUGUCGCUCAGAUAUGUGUGCUAGAGUUAAUGAAUCAAGAUGGGUUUCCACCAUCAAGCUCAACAGGCUCCAAUAAAGUUGUGAUUUGUAACAUACAUGUUCUUUACAAUCCCAACAGAGGAGAAAUAAAGCUUGGCCAGGUUAGAGUGCUACUGGACAGAGCUAAGGCUGUUUCUAAAAUCUGGGAUGAUGCUCCGGUUGUUAUAUGUGGGGAUUUUAAUUGUACCCCGAAGAGUCCAUUAUACAACUUUAUUUCAGAGCAAAAGUUAAAUUUGUCUGGAAUAGAUAGGGAUAAAGUAUCAGGACAAGCUUCUGCUGAGAUUCACAAACGAUGGCUUAAAGGUCCUAAUUCUAGUGAAAGAUCUGCAAACGCUUUUGCUCAAGACACAUCUGUCAUGGGUAGCAAGGAAGUUACCAUUGAACAAAAUAUUUGUUCGUCAGAUCUGCAGAAAUUGGACAAUCAAGAUAACAUAGUGGAAAGUCAGUAUAAUCAGAUUGCAUUGAAUAUGUCUACUAAGUCUUCAAUAAAUGUGCAAAGUGAAAAUGGGAGCAGUGCUUCGUAUGGAGAGAAGGUUAUUCAGCAGACUACUUUAGACAAUUAUAUGACUAUCAAUGAAGUUGAUGGCAUAAAAGAGGAGUCCAUUACAUCUUUUAAUGAAGGUAGGUUGCUGGCUGAUCAUAUAAACAAUGAUAUUCAGGACAUUACACUUAUGACAUCUUCAGCUGUUUCCCCUGAUAAAGCUGGGAUGGCAUGCGCAGAACAAAUAUCAGAUGCUGUAUCUUCUUCAUAUCCAGAAUUAUUAAGUGAAAAAUUCAACUUGGAUAUUCCUAAAGGAAAUAAGCACACUGAGUUUGGCAAUUGCUCAACCUCCCUUGGCGAAGACACUCAAUCUUUCAGGGUCAAAACAAAUCCCGAGUCAUCAGAGCUUCCCAGUGCAGAAAUUUCUUCAACUAGCCUGUCCAGUCAGAUGUCAAUUUCUGAUUCUAUUGAAACCCCUCAUUUGACACAUGAAGAAAGCCCAUCAUUUGAGCUGACUUCUGAUGUCCCAAUGAGUAGCACUUUACCCUCAUAUCAAGCUGACGAAUCAAGGCAAUCCACGGACAUUGACCUUCCAUUAGAAGAGAAAGUAGAGAAACUGUCUUUUGAUGAGAUGGAUAAAGAUAUGCUAGGCCAUGAAAAUAGUGGUGAAGAUAUUGAUGCUUUUACAUCCGCAUUGCAUACUGCUCAAGAAGGCUUCCUUUCAUCAUUUGGGACAGAUUUUGAAAAGUCAGAGAGUACCACUUAUAAUCCAUCCUUGUGGACUCCUACGGAAAUAGAGACUGCUACAGGAAACUCAGAUUGCACCUUCUUGGAGCACUCUCUGCCUCUCAGGAGCACAUAUGUUGAAGUUAUGUAUUGUCCAGGGACUAGGGACCCUAAUGGAGAACCCUUGGUGACUAGUUAUCACCGACGCUUCUUGGGUACUGUUGACUACAUUUGGCGAUCUGAUGGUCUCCAAACAAUUAGGGUUCUUGCUCCGAUUCCCAAACGAGUUAUGGAAUUCACUCCAGGAUUCCCAACAAAGAAAUGGGGUAGCGAUCAUAUUGCCUUAGUUUCCGAAUUGGCGGUCGUGAAAGGAGUUACCAAUGCCAGCGGGGGCGGUCAAUAGCAAUUUACUCAGUAAUUUGUGAUUUAUGUAACUUUUUUUUUUUUUUUUGGGAUAGAAUGUAACUUUUUCAAUCUAAAAAUCACAAAAUUUGGUUCAGAGGAAAUGUUUUAGGUUGAGAGGAAGUUCUGCAGAUUUCAGGGGUAAGUAUAUCUUUGUAAUUUCAAUAAAUUAGUUAUCCUCAAAUCAAUGGUGUAAAGAAAAUUAAAGAAGUAGGUGGGAGAUAAGGAGCUAGAUUACUGAUAGGGUAAAUCAAGCCUGUGCCCCUCGCGAAACCCACGCUAUGACCGGGCUUGCGCCAUGUCUUAUAUGAGAAAAUGUUGAAUCCCAUUAAGCGUGUGUGAUUUUGAGGGGGAGAUGUAAGUUACCAGAAAGUUUCAACUUAACUGAUAUGUCCAGCUCUUAAAUCAA